AUGAAGAGCCUGUUCCUGACCUUGCUUCUGGGGCUGGUGGCUGUCCUGAGGCCUCUCCCUGAGACCUGGUACACAAAAGCCAUGGUAUCUGAUAAGAAGUGCCAAGAGGGGAAGGGCCCCAAGAAAGUGUUCCCUAUAAGGGUGACAUCCCUGGAAGGAGGGGACCUGGAGCUAAUAAUGACAUUCUUGAAGAAUAAUCAGUGUCAAAAAAAGAAAAUUAAAAUUGUGAUGGGCAAAAUUGAUGAGCCUGGCAAAUAUAUUUCUUAUGAGUCCCCUGGCAAGAAUACCUUCUAUAUCCAGGAGCUUCCUGUGAAGGACCACUACAUCUUCUACUGUGAACACCACCAGCACCACGGGAAGUCACAUCACAAGGGGAAACUCGUGGGGAGAGACCCUGAGGAAAACCCAGAGGCCAUGGAAGAAUUUAAGAAAUUCGUACAGAACAAGGGACUCAAGGAGGAAAACAUCUUCGUGCCCGAGCAGAGGGAUCAGUGCAUCCCUGAGAGUGACUAG